AUGGAAGACAAGUUUGAUGAAGGUCCGCGCAACUACAACGAUCAGUCAAGUGCCGUUGAGUUUGAUGAUCAAGACGAGGACGAAGAAAAAGAAGAAGGUAAAACUGACGUCGACAUGGACUCGAGCGACGAUGACAACGAAGACACCAGGUCUUCGAAGAGCAACAUCAAGAGACACACGCGCACUCAAUCACUUGAGAAAGCUACCGUCAUUCCAAGUCCCAAGCGAAGAACGUACAGAGGUCCGUCGCUUGAGCAUGUGUCAGCGGCUGCAAUGGAUUUUGAAGCAGCCUACAUCGUUGAUUCAGUGGGGGAAACGCCGACUACAUUCAAGUCGGCGAUGGAAUCAAGCGACUCCGGCAAGUGGAAAGAAGCGUGUGACUCGGAGUUCGACUCGCUUCAGAGAAACGACACGUGGGAAAUCGUGCCUCUUCCGAAAGGUCGCAAGGCCAUCGGGUGCCGAUGGGUUUUUCGUGUAAAGGAGAAUCAAGAUGGCGAAGUUGAACGUUUCAAGGCAAGACUUGUGGCCAAAGGAUUCUCACAGAAAUUCGGAGUUGACUAUGAAGAAACUUUCGCACCGGUGACCAAGUUCACAUCGAUUCGUGUGGUGCUCAACAUCUACAUGGACCAGCCGGACGGAUACCUGGAUGCAACACAGCCGGACUAUGUGUGCAAGCUAAAGAGAUCACUCUACGGCUUGAAGCAAUCGCCUCGCAUGUGGAACCAAACAAUCGAUGGGUUCAUGAUCAAGAUGGGAUUCAAGAAGUGCGAAUCGGACCACUGCAUCUACAUCAAGCGAGACGACCAAGACAUGAUUCUCGUGGUGCUCUACGUCGGUAAUCUCAUCCUGGCCAGCAGCAACAACAAACUACUCAAGUCGACCAAGAUGGCGCUGAGCACACGCUUCGAAAUGACGGAUCUCGGUGAGCUCAAUUACUUUCUCGGUAUGGAGACCAAGGACGACCGCAAGACUGGAAUGGUGACUGUGCGACAAACCAAGUUUAUCAAGUCCGUGUUGAUCAAGUUCGGAAUGGAUAACAGCAAGCUAGUGAAGACGCCUCAAGAUACAGGUCUGAAGGUCACCAAGAACAUGUGUGAACAAGAAUGCAAGCACGAAGACACCAUGUGCAACGUGCCAUAUCGAAGUGCUGUCGGAGGCAUCAUGUAUCUCAUGGUCGCCACACGUCCGGAUCUAGCUGCUGCAGUGGGAUCAUUAUCCCAGUUCUCGUCCGACCCAUGCCCGACUCACUGGCAAGCUUUGAAGCGUGUGCUGAGAUACCUGCAAGCAACGCCCAAUCAUGGUCUUGAGUUUACACGUGAAGAAGGAAGCCGUAUCUGCGGGUACACCGACGCAGACUGGGCCGGCGACAUUGAGUCAAGACGAAGUACAAGCGGCUAUGUGUUCAUGAUGAACGGAGGAUGCAUCAGCUGGAAAAGCCAGAAACAACGGACGGUCGCGCUAUCUUCAACAGAAGCAGAAUACAUGGCGCUUUCCGAAGCAACCAAAGAAGCAGUAUGGCUCAAGGUGCUUUUGGGGGAACUUGGUGAGAUGACAAGCGACGAAGCGAUCAAGAUGUAUGAAGACAACCAAGGAUCAAUCGCUAUCGCCAAGAACCCGGAGUUCCAUAAGAGAACAAAACACAUCGACAUACGCUACCAUUUUGUGCGUGAGAAGGUGGAAUCAGGUGAAGUCGUUUUGGAGUAUUGCCCGACUCAAGAUAUGCUGGCAGACAUGAUGACCAAGCCGAUCGCCGCUGUACAAUUUGAAAACAUUCGCGAUCGACUUGGGAUCCAAGGUGCCGCAGCUAACGAGUCGAGAGGGAGUGCUGAAAAGACAGCGGCUGUGAAGAAUGUUGAAAAGACAGCGGCUGUGAAGAAGACACCUCGUCAAGCUGCGUCAAGUGUUGAAGCAAGUGGAAGACCAAGCUUCGCUAUACCGGUGGGUACCGGUAUGUACCAGUAA